ACUACACAGAACCAUAGAGAUGGUAUAUUUGGUGAAGAGUUUAGAAAGAAAGUUAGGGAGGGAGAAGGAAGAGAACCUAUUGUACAUGACCUUGCAAACGAAAGUUUACAAAAUGUCAUAAAAACUUACUUUGCAGACAAUGAACCGAGAAGGGAUGAAUAUUUAAGAAAACUCAAAUGGACAGUACCAAAUGAAAUGUUAGUAUUGAAAAACAUGUUCCUUGACAAAAUAAAACCAACUACAGAAAUAAACGACGCAAGACUGAAAGAUUGGGUAAAAGCUUUCCCAUUCACAAAAGAUAUAAUUGGUAACAUGGAAAGAAAACCAGAAUGGCUACAAAAACAUAUAUUUGGAAACGAGCAUAUUCCAUAUGGACAGGCACUGUUUGAAGAGCUUGAACCGGAAACUCAGGACAGAGUCAUGCAAACAAUACGCAAAGACUCAAAUACAAACUAUGACAAACUCUUUCUAGGAUAUAGGUUACCUGAGAUGGGCGACCAGAGCCCAAAGGCAAAAAGGACAUGGGAAAUUUACAACAUACUAGGUGAACAUGAGGCAAAGAUGCAACAACUUGAAGCAGAGGGCAAUGAAGGAAAAAGAAGAGUUAAAAACUCAGUCAGGAAGAAAGUAAAGCUUGGUCCACGUGGGUUCUAUUAUGACAUAUAA